GCGGGUGGACGCUCAACUCAAGCCUCAAGUACUGCCGCGCUCUCUCAGAGCAAUACAGGCGCGCCCUCUCUGUCUCUCUCUCUCCCUCCUCCGUUCUUCAAAAAAAAAAAAAAAUCCCCCACUUCUCUUCUCUCUUCCGUUCUUAAAAAAAAAAAAAAAAAAAAAAUUUCUCAAUUCUCCGAAAUUACCAAAAUGCUCUCUCCGAUCGACCACCGCCCCGACCAUCCACCGAUCUCCGAUUCGGAUGCCGACUCCGACGACGGCCGACCGGAAUCCCAAAGAGCCCGGCACGCCGACCUCUCUGCGUCAAUCUUCCGAGCCUACUUCGAGUUCUCCGGCCGAUCGUCCUCCGCCACGACCCCCACCGACCUCUCGAAGAUCCAGUCCUUCCUCACCUCUUCCUCCUCCGGCGCCCUCUCCUGCCUCAUCUGCCUCGAACGCAUCCGCCCCUCCGACCCCACCUGGUCCUGCACCUCCCUCUGCUUCGCCGUCUUCCACCUCCUCUGCAUCCAGAGCUGGGCCCGCCAAGCCUCCGACUUGGCCGCCCUACGCGCGUCCACGCGCCUCCCCAUCGAUCCGGGCAAAGCCUCUGAGCUCUCUCUCUGGAACUGCCCCAAAUGCAGGUCCGAUUACUCCAAAUCUCAUAUCCCUAAAACCUACCUCUGCUUCUGCGGCAAAUUGGAGAAUCCUCCCAGCGACGAUCCCUGGAUUCUCCCCCACUCUUGCGGCGAGGUCUGCGAUCGUCCAUUGAAGCACGGUUGCGGCCACCGCUGCUUGCUUCUGUGCCAUCCCGGUCCCUGUCCUUCUUGCCCUAAGCUGGUGAAAUCCCGCUGCUUCUGUGGAUCCAUCGAGGAUGUUCGGAGGUGCGGGUUCAAGAACUUCUCUUGCAACAAUGUCUGCUCCAAGCUGUUGGAUUGCCGGGCCCAUAGAUGCUCGGAGAUUUGCCACGAGGGGCCGUGCCCGCUGUGCCGAGUCCGGGGAAUGUACCGGUGCCAAUGCGGGAAGAGAGAGGAGGAAAAGGAAUGCUGUGAUCGGGUGAAUUACCGGUGCAAUAAUCCGUGCGAGAAGAUGCUCGGUUGCCGAAGGCAUGUUUGCGAAAAGGGGUGUCAUUCCGGGGAGUGCGGACCAUGCCCGUUUCAGGGGAAGGGGAGUUGCCCGUGUGGGAAGAGAGUGUAUGAAGGAAUGGCUUGUGAUGUAGAUGUGCCUUUGUGUGGUGGGACUUGUGAUAAGAUGCUUAGUUGUGGCUUCCAUAGAUGCCCCGAAAGGUGCCAUCGUGGUUCCUGCAUUGAGACUUGCAGAAUUGUGGUCACCAAGUCUUGCCGGUGUGGGAGCUUGAAGAAAGAGAUUCCUUGCUACCAAGAUAUUUCAUGUGAAAGGAAAUGUCAGAGAUUGAGAGACUGUGGUCGCCAUGCUUGCAGGCGCCGCUGCUGUGACGGGGACUGCCCACCAUGCUCUGAGAUUUGUGGCAGAAAGCUACGGUGUAAGAACCACAAAUGUCCUUCUCCCUGCCAUAGAGGUCCUUGUGCUCCUUGCCCAGUCAUGGUGACAAUCUCCUGUGCAUGUGGUGAGACACACUUCGAGGUUCCUUGUGGUACUGAGAUGGAUCAAAAGCCUCCCAGGUGUGCUAAACGAUGCCCUAUUAUUCCGUUAUGCAGGCAUCGAACAAAUCUUAAGCCUCAUAAAUGUCAUUACGGAGAUUGUCCCCCAUGCCGGCUGCUUUGUGACGAGGAAUAUUCAUGUGGCCACAAGUGCAAUCUAUGGUGUCAUGGGCCUAAGCCUCCUCCUAAUCCGGAAUUUACAUUAAAGCCAAAGAAAAAGAAGUCUGUUCGUCAGAUCGAAGGCACACCUGGUUCUCCAUGCCCUCCUUGUCCCGAGCUCGUUUGGAGAUCAUGUAUUGGCCAGCAUAUUGGAGCUGAAAAGAUGAUGGUCUGCUCAAAUAGAAUGCAGUUUUCCUGUGAAAACUUGUGUGGGAAUCUUCUACCUUGUAGCAAUCAUUAUUGCACUAAAACUUGCCAUGCCCUCAAGAGUCUGUCUUCAACAUCAGUCCAGCAAGCAGGAAGUGAGCCUUGUGAAGACUGUAAUCUUCCUUGUGAAAAGGAGAGGGCGCCUGCAUGUUCACAUCCCUGUCCCCUAACUUGUCACCCUGGAGACUGCCCCCCCUGCAAGGUUCUUGUAAAACGAUCAUGUCACUGUGGUUCAAUGGUCCAUGUUUUUGAGUGCAUAUAUUACAACAGCUUGUCUGAGAAGGAGCAAAUGAAUGUUCGUUCAUGUGGUGGGCCAUGCCACAGAAAAUUGCCAAAUUGUACGCAUCUAUGCCCUGAGACUUGUCACCCCGGACAAUGCCCAUCCCCUGAAAAGUGUUCCAAAAAGGUUUCUGUUCGUUGUGGAUGUCAGACCUUGAAAAAGGAGUGGUUAUGUAAUGAUGUUCAAGCAGCCUAUCGCAGUGCUGGUUCUGAUCCCAAAGACAUAUCAAAAAAUCAAUAUGGACUUGGUCUUAUACCUUGCAAUUCUGAUUGCAAGAGUAAAAUACAAGUUGUUGAAUCAGAGUUACGGUUGCGUAAAUCGAAAGUUUCAGAGGUAAAGGAACCAGAAACUGAGAAACAUGGCCCAAAACGUAAAAGAAGGCGGGAACGAGUACAGGAAACCAAGCAAAUCUCAAGACUGCAAAGAGUAGCGGCCACAGUGAAGCGGCUUCUUCUAGCUGUCCUUCUUGCGGUGGCUGUGAUUGCAGCACUGUAUUAUGGCUACAAGGGUCUCCUGUGGCUCUCCGAUCGGAUGAAUGAAGUUGAUGAUCAAAGACAAAGAAGGUACCAUAGAAUCUAAUCUUCUCAAACCCAUGUUUGACAUGGGUCUGCCAGGGUAGUCCUGCACGAGGCUUUGUGCAAUAUUAUUUAUCCUUGUAAGUUGUUAUUACUUGUAAGCAUAUAAAAGACUAAAUUAUACGUUCUUUUUACUGGAGAGAAGAAAAUUUUCCAUCGGCAAAUGGUAAGGAAAUAAAUAGAAAUAUUUUUGAUGUGGUCUUAUAAUAUAUCGUUCGACUGGUGUACUACA